GAACCACGCGGUGGGGGUGCUCGAAGGAGGCCACGCCCUGGUUUCCUGGGGCUCCUCCAACGAGUCCGGGCAGGUCGGCCACGGGGCGGUGCAGGUUGCGCGGGUCUCGCCAGGCGUGGUGCACUUGGGCGGCAUCGCCGUGAAGCAGGCCAUGCGGGUGCGGGCGAGAAGUGGGCGUCGGAGGGCUGCGGCGAGCUGA